CACUCACCUAGCAGCACAGAUCAGUCAGCCAGACUUACACACACACACAUCACAUUCUAACUCAAUUUAAUGCUAGGAUCAUUCUGACAAUUCACAUGCUAGCUGGUUCAUCUGAGCUCAGGCAUCCAGCAGGACCUCCACUGGUGUCUCUCCUGUGUCCUCUCUGGGGUUCAGUCUGUGCCUCUGCUGGAGCUGAAGCAAACCCUCUCAGACACUCAUCGUAUGGACAAAGAUUUGAGUGAUGAGAUGAGGUGGAGAUAGAAAGGCAGACAGGGAGACAGUGGGUUGGGCGAUUGAAUAGACUGCGCUGGUUGCUGAAGCAAGGCAAGGAACCGUUGUCAACAGCGACGCAGGAGCAGCAUGUCUCAGAUGAAAAGAUACACUUACAGCAGGACCACCAGCAGCGGCAGCAGCAGAAUGAGUUCAGAUGGAGGUGGGCGGCCUGUUAAGGUGGGCUCUUUAGUUGAGGUCAUCGGUAAAGGUCAUCGAGGUACCGUGGCAUAUAUUGGAAACACCCUCUUUGCCUCUGGAAAAUGGGUGGGAGUCAUUCUAGAAGAACCUAAAGGGAAGAAUGAUGGGACUGUGCAGGGCAAACGAUAUUUCACCUGUCAGGAGAACCAUGGUAUAUUUGUACGCCAAUCACAGAUUCAGUUAGUUGAAGAUUUGGCUGACACAUCUCCUGACACGCCAGAAGCUGCCACCUCCAAAAUGCUGAAACGAGAGAUAAUUGAUGGUCCAAGGUCAAACAAAGUGAGAGGAACCAAACCAAAAAAGGCACCUACGACUCGUAAGACCACGGCCAGAAGGCCCAAGCAAACGCGGGCUGGAGUGGGUGUGAAGGUGGGCUCUGGAUCAGCGUCUGCUGGAGAGAUGAGCAGCAGUGAACCCAGCACACCUGCCCAAACACCACUGGCUGCUCCAGUUAUACCUUCACCUGUGGGAAAACUGCCCUCUCCUGGGGCUCUUCCCUUCCCAGGCCCCAGCAAGGAAGAGGAGUCACUGCGUGCCCAGGUGAAGGAUCUGGAGGAGAAGUUGGAGACACUGAAGAUGAAGAGGAUGGAGGACAAGAUUAAGCUGAAGGAGCUCGAGAAGCACAAGAUUCAGCUGGAGCAGCUGCAGGAGUGGAAGAGUAAGAUGCAGGAACAACAAAGCGAAUUGCAGAAACAACUCAAAGAGGCCAAGAAGGAAGCUAAGGAAGCUCUUGAAGCUAAAGAGCACUACAUGGAAGAGAUGGCAGAUACAGCAGAUGCCAUUGAGAUGGCCACCCUGGAUAAGGAAAUGGCUGAAGAACGGGCCGAAUCACUGCAACUGGAGGCUGACGCUCUAAAAGAGAGAGUUGAAGAGCUGACCAUGGACUUGGAGAUACUCAAACAUGAGAUAGAGGAAAAAGGUUCGGAUGGAGCAGCGUCUAGUUACCAUGUGAAGCAGUUAGAGGAGCAGAAUGCUCGACUGAAGGAGGCUUUGGUGAGGAUGCGUGACUUGUCAGCAUCAGAGAAACAAGAGUAUGGAAAGCAACAGAAACAAAUGGAGAAGAAAAAUGUUGAGCUGGAUACACUUAGAUGCCAUAAAGAAAAACAACAGGAGGAAAUGAAGAUGGCUGAGAAAACUAUCGAUGAGCUCAAAGAGCAAGUGGAUGCUGCUCUCGGGGCAGAGGAGAUGGUGGAGAUGUUGACGGAGCGUAAUCUGGACCUGGAGGAGAAAGUACGGGAGCUCAAAGAAACUGUCGCAGAUCUGGAAGCCAUAAAUGAGAUGAAUGACGAGCUGCAGGAGAACGCCAGAGAGACGGAGCUGGAGUUGAGAGAGCAGCUGGAUCUGGGUGCUGCCAGUGUCCGGGAGGCAGAGAAGCGUGUGGAAGCGGCACAAGAAACAGUGGCAGACUACCAGCAGACCAUCCAGAAAUACAGAGAACUCACUGCACACCUACAGGAUGUGAACAGGGAGCUGAUGAGCCAACAGGAAGCCAACGCUGAGCAGCAGCAACAGCCUGCGGAGAUCUUCGAUUUCAAGAUAAAAUUUGCUGAAACCAAAGCCUAUGCCAAGACCAUAGAAAUGGAGCUACGUAAAAUGGAGGUCACCCAGGCUAACAGACAGGUGUCACUGUUGAUUUCCUUCAUGCCUGACUCCUUCCUGAAACACGGAGGAGACCAUGACUGCAUCCUUGCUCUGCUGCUCAUCCCACGACUCAUCUGCAAGGCAGAGCUGAUCAGUAAGCAGGCUCAGGAGAAGUUUGAGUUAACUGAGUCGUGCUCUCAGAGGGCCGGGAUGAGAGGAGCCGUCGGAGAACAGCUGAGCUUUGCUGCUGGACUCGUCUAUUCUCUCACACUGCUACAGGCAGCACUGCACAAAUAUGAACAUGCUCUGAGUCAGUGCAGUGUGGACGUGUACAAGCGUGUGGGUUCACUUUACUCUGAGAUGAGCGUCCAUGAGCGUUCUCUGGAUUUCCUCAUAGACCUCUUGUACAAAGACCUGCUGGAUGAAACUGUCAAUGUGGAACCCCUAACCAAAGCUAUUAAAUACUAUCAGCAACUUUACAGUAUUCAUCUCACUGAACAGCCUGAGGACUGUACCGUGCAGUUAGCGGACCACAUCAAAUUUACCCAGAGUGCCCUGGACUGUAUGGCAGUGGAGGUGGGGCGUCUGAGGGCCUUCAUGCAAACGGGACAGGAUGAGGAAGGGUUUUGUGUGCUGCUGAAGGAUCUGGACACUUCCUGUAGUGACAUACGACAGUUCUGCAAGAAGAUCCGCCGUCGUAUGCCAGGCACAGAUGCACCGGGCAUCCCAGCUGCCCUCAGCUUCGGGCCACAGGUGUGUGAGACGCUGGCAGAGAGCAGAAGGCAGCUGGCCUGGGUGAAUGCUGUGCUCCAGGAAGUGGCAGCAGCAGCCGCUCAGCUCAUCGCCCCUCUCAGCGAACACGAGGGACUUCCAGCCCUCAAACUGGAAGACAUGGCCUUUAAAGCCGCUGAACAGAUCUAUGGGUCACAGGGCAUAAACGCCCAAGAGUGUCUGCGGCAGUCAUGCAGUGUUGUCAUAGCAACCAUGAACAAGAUGGCUACCGCUAUGCAGGAGGGAGAAUAUGACUCUGACAGACCACAGAAUGGAAUAUCUCCUGCUGAAGUCCGAGCAGCGGCUCUAAGGGCAGAAAUCACUGAUGCUGAAGGACUCGGCCUUAAACUUGAGGACAGAGAAACUGUCAUUAAAGAGCUUAAGAAAUCCCUUAAAAUAAAGGGAGAGGAACUGAGUGAGGCCAGUGUGCGUCUCAGUUUGCUGGAGAAAAAGCUGGACAGUUCGUCUAAAGAUGCGGAUGAGCGAGUGGAAAAGAUUCAGACCAUCCUAGACGAGACUCAUUCACUGCUGAAAAAGAAAGAGAAGGAGUUUGAGGAGACCAUGGAUGCUCUCCAGGCUGACAUAGACCAACUAGAGGCAGAGAAAGCAGAGCUUAAGCAGAGAAUCAACAGCCAAUCAAAGAUGACCAUUGAAGGCCUGAGAGGAAGUCAAGCUUCUGGCAUCGCCUCCAUUGUGACUUGUGGCAUCACUGCUGGUGUGUGUGCAGCUGCAGGAGUGCAAGUGAUGGAUUCUCCCCUGCUGACUCAGCAGAUUGAAGCUCAGCGACUCAGCAUAAAGCACUUGAAGAACGAGAACAACAGACUGAAGGCAGAAAAGAUGCGUGCUCAGCUGGCGUCUCUCACUCCUCUGAACGUGCCAAAGCUGGGCUGGAGAGAGGGCUGCAGGCCGGAGGUGUUGUCUAGCGCCCUCUACCGAAAAACAGACCAACUACUGGACACCCUGCUCCAGAUGAGUGCCAAUGUGAAAGUGGUGGACAUCACAGGGAAAUCUCCAGUGAGUCCCAGUGCGCAGCUUCUAGAGCAAACUGCAAGACUGCAGUCACUCAGUGACACCCUCGAUAGGCUUAAGGAUGAGGUUGCUGAACAUGUAGUGACUCAUAGGCCUGGUGCCCAAGCCUCGUCCGAUUUUGCCACUUUUCCCUGCACUUCCUUUGUGAAGGCAAAGGAGGAGAAGAAAGGAGAUGCUGUGUUAGUCGGCCGUGUGAUGAUGCCUUGCGCCCAAGGGCAGGAACAGGUGCAUCGUCUGGUACUUUCACAGACACAGUUACAGAGAGUUCAUCGCCUUCUCCAGACUUAAAAUGAACCGUCGCUUCUUUACAAAAUAUGAAACUUAUUCAGUCAAACUCCCAAACCCCCAAAUUUUAAACAACAGAUAUCCCAGCUAACAUGGAACAUUCUCAGAACUUUGGUUAAUGUUUUUGUCUGAAACGUUUUAGCUGGAUGUUUGUCUAACAUUAUUAAUAGAAUGUUUAUUCAAAGUUAUCUGGUCUUUAAAAAUGAUAGCACAAAAUCGUUAUUCAAACAUUGUUCAUGGAACUUUUUUUUCCUGAAAUGUUUUAUUUGAACAUUUGUAUUAUGUUUGUAAAUGUUAUUCUUGUUUCAGAACAUUCAGAGAAGAUUUAAUAUUUAUUAACUUUCGCAUAAUGUUUGCAAAAUUAUAAAGUGGAAACAUUCCGGACGUUUUGAAUAUUCAGGGAAUGAUCAGAAAUAACGCUUUCACAACUUAAAGGGGACGUUAGCAAAAUGUUCUUAGAAUAUUUUGUUUGUUAGCUGGGAUUAUGGAGAAUGCAUAUAUGGCCACAAACCAGUGCUUCAUUUGGUGAAGCACACACAAGUCAAGCAUCUGCAAAGCUUUGAGUGUGUUUAUAUCUACCGCACCAAAAUUUGUGAAAAUGUUACAAAAAGGUUACAGAUUUUAAACAUGAGACAUGCUGAGGAUGUUUUAUUAACAAGGCAUGAAAUAGAUGAUUCAGCAUGACCCCCCCAGCAUGAAUACCUUUCCUGAUUUGGAUUUCCAAUGACCCAUGUUUACAAGUAUUUAGCUAACAGGAUUUCAAUUUCAACCAUGUAUGUGUUUAAUUAGUGGUGUUUUCCAAGUGAUUAGACUUAUGAUUUUCAAGUGACGGACGAUAAAACGGGAAAACAAUCCAAUAAAAUAGGGGGAGAGACCAGAGCCAUGUGAUUCGACCAGUAAACAACCACCAAAACCCCGGUAACCACCUAGCAAUUGCAUUAAAACCAAUGAAAACCUUAUAGCAACGCUCUAGCAAUUACCUAAAACAAGCACUGCUUACAUUUUCUUCUGAAAAAUUAAAAAUAGGAUAAAAAUCUAUCUGACCAAUUAAUGGUCUGGUCUCAUUAGUUUUGUUUGGUGAAUUUUCAUAGUCGAUUUCAAUUGGGAAAGCCCAUGCAAAUUUGGCGGAUUCUCCACAUUGAUCGAGAGAAAGCUGCUUGAUUGAAAGUGAUUCUGUGUUCACUAAUUAAUUCAAAUUUCACUAAUGAAAAGUAGGGUUGGCAUUUCUUUUUUUCAUAAACAAUUUUUUUUGUUAUUCUGGUCAAAACACUCUUCACAUCGUGAUAGCAAUCAAUAAUAGAAGUGGUCUAAAUAUAAAAAAUGUACAUCUUCCGUGGAAGUCUCAGGACCGAAAAUGUUCAUCCAAUCAUUGCAUUCGGUCAGCGUAUGUGUUUCCAUACCUUCGUACAUUCUGCUCGCGCAGACAUCGCACGUAAUCAGCGUGUUUCGUAAGGAUAAAGACAGUCACAGAGCGCCGCAAACGAACAGCAUCCACCUUUUGCCCUUCCUCCUGACCCAAAACAACAAGCUUAUGCUGCAUUCAUGCCAUGUCGUAACUGUAAUUACAAGAUGGCAACCCAUGAUGACCUGACACUAUCAAUGCCAAAAUUAAUCUGCAGCAGUCAGGUGGUAAAAGUCAGAGCUCCUUCGAUGUUAAUGUUCAUUAUUAUUGUAAUGUUAUGUGCUUUAAGACAUGAGCUAAUUUAAUGCCAUCUAAGGCAUGGCUUUGGAGAUGCUCUGAAGGGAGGGUGGGAUCUAAUGCUUUCAAAGCUAGCUUGCUUUUGUUAGCCGCUCUGAAAUUGCCUACCCUACCUUUAAUAAUUAGGUUUUUCAGAUAUAAAGGUGAGUAUCAAACAUUUCAGAUAUGUAGUGUAUUCAGAACAUUCUGAAUCGGGAGGCCAAAGAUGGACAAAUUCCCAGUUUUAGGGCUCUAUUUAUUCAGCACGUCAAAUAAUGCAACUUAGAACCGGUACGUUAAUCUCUUUAUAACACAUCAGAUGCAGUGAUCGCCUGACACAGCCCUCUUAAUACUCAGUUAUCUAGGUGUCAGAAAGACAGGAAAGAGAGUAUGCUUUUUCAAAUAAAUAUUAAGUCAAAGAUUUAACAGCUCUGUGUGCUCGACUGUGAUGCCUGAAUGUGCCAUGCCAAUGUGCUUCUGUAAAGAAAAUACUAUUGUCCUUUUGAGUGAAUGAUCCGAUUUAGUGCCAAGCAAGGGCGAGAUAAAAACAUCAAGUGAAUGAAGCUGUGGGCUCAAAUAAAAGAGGACAUUAGACAACAAUAUUUAUUAACUGUUGUAUAUUUGCUCCAAGAGCUUGUCAGUAUUCAAGUGGUCUUAAGUUAGCAAUGGUUUGCUUUGUUACUAUUAAUUUAUUAACCUAUUAACUGUAUAAAAUGAAUACUGUUGCUUACAGUAUUGUUGAAUGUGUUUGCAUCUUGUGAAUUAAUUUAAAUAAAUUAUUAUGCCAUUAA